AUGGUAGAGUUCGAAAAGAGGUGGAGUACAUAUCAGCUAUUUCUGGCAGGACUGAUGGUCACCACGGGCACGUUGAAUACGCUGUCUGCAAAGUGGGCCGACAUGAUGGAAGCUAAUCAUGCUGAAUUCCGCCAUCCGUUUUUACAGGUACGUCAAGAGUUCAAGACGGCGCUCGAUUCUCAAACCUCACUCCCACGACAACCGUCUCUUUUAGGAGCCACCAUUAUCUUCACCGGGCUUCUUUCGGUCGCAUUUCUAGGUAGUGUCUUACGCUGGUUCAAAUGGACCGGCAUGUUUUUCGUGCUAUGCGGAUUGAUCUUGGUGGGUCUGGCAGACUUGAUCAAUGACACCCCCAAAGAUCCGAACGGCAUGCUAUCGGGUGAUCUCUUGGUGAUUCUUGCUCAGAUUGUUGUAGCUGUCCAAAUGGUAUACGAACAGAAGUUCUUAUGUAAAUACAACGUAUACCCCCUUUUGGCAGUUGGACUUGAAGGAGCUUUCGGCGUGAUUCUGAUGAUCAUUGUCUGUGUGGUAUUUUAUUUUGUGAAAGUACCGCGACUCUUCACAGUGGAUCCAGAAAUGCGUCUAGAAAAUGUUUUAUUUGCGUUGUACCAGAUUGAAGAGAACAAUUUAAUA